ACUCGUCCACCCGAAAGGAAAGAGCUUCAGCGAACCCACCAUGGGGGACACAAAGCUCUGCCUCGUACUUCUCCUCAGCGCCGUCACAUUGGCCCAUGCUGAUAAUGGAGCCCCAUGCCUGAUGGCCAAGAGGUACAAGCCUUUCCACAAGUAUGAGUAUCUAUAUGAAGCAGAGUCCCUCAACUUCCUCAAUGGAGCCGUCAAUGGACCUAAAGGAAGUUGCAAGGUUGAGAUUGAAGUUCCCGGCCCCUGCCACUACAUCGUCCGCACCACUGAGUGCACACUCAGCGAGGUUGCUGACUUCGAUGCAGCUGGCGAACCCGUCUUUGUCCCUGCAGCCACUACUGAUGCCUUCAAGGCUGCCAUGGAGAAGAACCCUCUGAAGGUCACGGUUGAAGGUGACAAUGACAUUAAGUUGUUCCCUGAGGACGAUGAGCCUAUCAACAUCCUCAACAUCAAGAGGGGAAUCAUCUCUGGCUUUGCUGUGCCUGUUCUGGAGGAAGAGAAAAACAAGAGGAUGCCCACCAUCUAUGGAUUGUGCAAGACUGACUACACUGUGAACGCCAGAGAGGACAUCGCCACAGAUGUCACCCUCACACGUGACCUGUCCAGGUGUGACCAGUUCAGGCCAGUCAGAGACCACACCAGCCCCCUGGCCCUGAUCACUGGCAUGCACUACCCUCUUGCCCAGCUGAUCAAGAGCACUCAGACCUGCAACUACAAGUUUGACAAUGCAGAGCACCACCCAGUGUUCGGUGAAUGCCUUGAGAACCACAUCCUGGUGCCUUUCUCCCACAAGAGCAAACAGGGAGUUACCAAUGUUAGCAAACAGAAGGCCACCCUCCUGGGAGUGACUGAGUUCAACGAC